AUUGGAAAUUGGUUCUUCAGCGCGCAUACACCAAUCCAACCAUUUGCCGUGCGUUCGCUUUAAAACGCUCUCUUGCUCACAAACACACUCGUAGACGCCUUCCCAUCUGGUGCAUUCUUCUCUGCUGCUGGACGUUGAUGCACGCGCACGCUCUGCUUUUUCCCUAUUUUUUAAUAUUUUUCGCGUCAUGGCUUGUAGUUUGAAAAACGCUCUGGAACGUCGCGCAACGUUUUACCGGAUGAUAAGCACCCAACCCGCUUGGAUAACAAACGCGCUGGUAGUACAGCUAAAUUGCAUACAUAUGUGUAGAUACACAAAUAAAUAAGUAAGGUUUUGAUUGAUUCGGAGAAUUUAAAGUAAACGAUGCAAAUUUUUGCUGGAAUCUUCUUAAAGUUGCUGGUGUAGUGAUAAAAUUUUAAAUUAUCCACAAAUACACACAUUUUUUACAAACAAAAACCCAAAAGUGAAUAUAUGUAGUACUCCUGUUGAGAUUGAGAAAAAGUUAAAUCGAACAAAAAGGAUUUAAAAAAAAUUUGUUGAACCAAAAAAAAAAAGAAAUCGAAAAUCAAUCCUUGUGAUUAAAAAGGAUAAACAAACGAAUUUGGUGCAUUUUGUUGGUUGUAUACUGUCAAAGUGAAAUUAAAACUAUCAAAUAAAAAAAGUUGUAUUAAAAAUCAAAAAAUAAUAAUUAAACCAUAUUGAUGCUGUGGAUUGCGCAAGCCCAUGGAAUACUAUGUGAUUAAUUUGGAAUGAAUUUUAAUUAAAAUAUAUUUAUCUUACGACUGGCAUACAUUCAAAAGACUUCUAAAACCCGCCAAAUUUGAAUAAACCUUCCACCAGCAUUUAUAUAAACAUACAUACAUACGUACACUCAUCUAUAUAUAUUUUAUAUAGUACAUACAUAUAUGAAAUAAAAGCUCAACAUAAGCACCGAUACAAAAAGCGUAGAUCUGCAAAACAGUAUUACAAAGCAUGGGCGAAUUGGAAGAGAAGGAGACAGGACCAUCAGAAACCACACCACAGCAAGAGGUUGUUGACGAACCCAAAGAAACCGACAAGAUGCUCGAGAAAAAAAACGAUGCCGACACGGCUGAGCAGCAAACAGAAAAUGCGGACGCAAAGGAUAAGAAUCCAAGUCCUAAUGCGGAAAAGAAAAAGGCUGCCUCCUCCAAACCAACAACACCAACUUCUUUGAGUGGUAAAAAAUCUCGCACCCAAUCGGUUGAACAGCUGGCCACCGCGCAAGCCGGUGCUGCGGAAGCGCAGCCCGCAAGGGUAAAUGGCGGUAGCGGCGAGGAAAUUAUUGACAUACCCGAAACUGGUAAGAGUGAGGAGAGUGAUGAAAAGAAAAUCUCCACUCAAGAUCGUGAAGUAAAGCCGAAGAAAAUACCAAUUGGUGGUUUGAAAUUGCCUGGGUUCUUUAUGAAAAAUAAGCCCAGAGCUGAUGGAGAUGGUGCUGAUGGUGAACUAUUGGAAAAGGAAAACAAGGAUGAAGUGCCUGCCGAUGCUGCUGCGAGCGCCGAAGGCAAACCGAAGAAGGAAGAGAAGCCACGCAGUAAUUUUGGUGAGCGCUUGCGUAACUUUUUCGUGCGCAAGCCAGCCGCAGAAAAGCAACAGACCGCGAAACAAACGGCCAAUGGAGAUGCUGAUGCAAAGAGUGAAGCAACUGCUGAGGCAGCUGCCGCCGAUGGUGAGGCUAACAACACAACCACCGUUUCUGAUGCGCCACCACAGAAGCGAGGUCUAUUGAAUGCUAUCAAAUUGCCGAUUGCAAAUAUGAUACCGCGCAAGAAGACAGAUGACGACGUGGAACUGGGCAUGAGCAAGGCUGGACUGGCCUCGAUGGAGACACUCGAUGACUCGCUGAAGGAUCAGGAUUGUGUUGAUAAGGCACCCGCUAAGAAUAAUGGCACCGAUGAGAUUACCAAGCUGAAGAAAUCACCUAGUGGUGAAAUCAAGCAAGCUUCGCCGGAAGAGAAAUCACCCGAGGAGCCAGAAAUCCCUAUGUCCUUUGCCGAUCGCUUGCGUUCGUAUCGCUGCUCUGUGGAUGAUGGUCUCAUCGUGCUAGGCAUUUUACUCUUCAUUUUGCUACUCGUUGUUAUCGGCUAUGUACUGUCGCACGAGACGCUCACCUCGCCGCCAUUGCGCGAAGGCCGCUUCAUUGACGCAGUAACCGGUUGUGGCAUGGUUGAGGGCUUACAAGAGGAUGGCGCAUUCGCCUUCCGUGGCAUUCCAUACGCUCAACCACCCGUGGGGGAUCAACGCUGGCGGGCGGCACAACCGAUUAGCGGCAUAGAAGACUGCUGGAACGGUACUUUGAAGGCGCACAACGUCAGCAACUAUUGUACACAACGCCUGGGCAAUGGCACUCUUGUGGGCGAUGAAGAUUGCCUCUAUUUGGAUAUCAUCACGCCGCAUGUACGCUACACCAGCCCAGUGCCCGUAAUUGUACUAAUCGGCGCCGAAACAUUGACUGGUCCCUCACCGGGUGUGCUCCGCCCAUCUGCGCGUUAUUCACGUUCGCAUGACGUCAUUUUCGUGCGUCCGAAUUUCCGUUUGGGUGCAUUUGGUUUUCUCGCACUCGACGUGCUCACCAAGGACGCCUAUCCACGCACAUCGGGCAACUAUGCGCUAACGGACAUCAUUGCCGCACUAAAAUGGAUACAAUUGAAUAUCGCACACUUUGGCGGUGAUCCCAAAUCAGUGACGCUACUCGGCAACCGCGCAGGCGGCACUCUCGUAUCGGCGCUGGUGACAUCCAACAAAGUUAACGAACUCUAUACACGCGCUUGGGUCUCUUCUUCGUCUGCGAUUUUCCCUGGCAAACCAUUGGAAGAGUCGGAGAAGCGUAAUGAGCAAUUUAUGACCGCUUUGGAUUGUCAAGAUGUUGCAUGCUUACGCACCGCCUCCACCGAACAAAUUUGGGCUGCCACACCAGACACUUGGCUACACUUUCCCGUCGACCUGCCGACCGUUGAUGAAAAUCCAGGCGCGCAUCACGAGUGGCUCGUACUGGAUGGUAACAUACUUCAACGUCAUCCAGCCGAUGCCUGGAAGGAAGAGCAUACCGGCAAACCGAAACUUGUGAUGGGCACAACAGCGCAUGAGGCGCACACCGAACAACUGCGACAACGCCACGCCAACUGGACUGCUGAUGAGGUGCGUGCUUUCAUCCAUUCGUCGAAAAUCGGCGCACUCAAUCUAACCGAAGAAGCUAUACGACUCUACAAUGCGACCAACUAUCGCAGUUUGGUCACCAUGAUCACCGACAUACGCACCAUUUGCCCGCUGCUAACCAAUGCGCGCCUACAACCAUCAGUGCCCUUCUAUGUGGUGCAACAGGGCGAGGGCGAACACCAAUUGGCCUCUGUCGAUACAGAUGUGCUCGCCAUACUGGGCCGCUAUGAGCCGCACACUGUUGAACAACGACGAUUUGUGUCGUCCAUGCAACAGCUAUUCUACUAUUACAUUUCACAUGGCACCGUGCCACAAUACGAACCGAGUCGACGAGUGUUGUAUGUUGCGCAAGAUCCGCUGCCACAACAGGAUCAUCCAAAUUGUAAUUUCUGGAUACGUCAUGACAUUGUGCCGCGUUAUGCACGCGUGGAUUAAGGUGGUGUGCGGUAGGCAUGGAGAGGGGAAGGGAAGGGCGAAAGCGACUGAGUUGUCCUGCGGUGAGGUAGAGAGAGCGACAAACCUGUUGAUAAACAAGUUGAUGUGUGUUAAAUAGUAUGCGAAGCAGGUGGCUGUGGAUUUUUGUAGAGCGAAAUGAAAACAAAGAGAACAAAUUGGGAGCCGUGCAGAGUCCACCGUGGCUGCGGCACAUCGAUGUUUAAUACAUAGACAAGCAUACACAUGCCUACACCCAAAUAAAGACCAUUCAUAUACGAAUGCAUUUAUAGAAACUACAAAAAAAAUAAGUA